UUAAUUACACGUCAUACUAUUGUGAGUAUCUAUAGAACGCGUUCUUCAUAUGUAUAGUAUACACCUACUACAUUAUGGAUACGUUGAUUUCGAACAUCGGGAACGCAUGCGCCCUUCGUUAGUAGUUCGAGCGCAUUGGCAAGUGAUUCAGUCAGUCUGGCAUGCCCGCUGCCGGCAGUUACCACUCGGAAACUACCGUGCUACAUCUCUCUGCCAUUGCCAGUACAACAGUCUGCGCGGCAAACGGCACCGGGCGUGCGCAUUAGUGUCUGUGCGUUGUAAACAUUCGAUUUCCGAAAGCCGCAUCGUGAUCGUAAAGUUAAAUAAUAGGCUGGAGUAGCCGAAAUAAGAUUAAAAUAUAGAAUGCCGGGUAUGGACAUCGAGUACGCUUGAAUGUUAACUUGAUUGGCAUUUGUUUUAGUGUUAUUUCAUAUAAGGGACUGUGGCGUAGUAGUAUUUUAUACGUGUUGAUGUGCUCCAAUUUUAAACAGUGCUACUAAAGGGGCACAGGUCCUCCCUAUGAUGGAAUAGGGAGACAGGGCCGUGACCCACCACGCGGGCCCAAUGCGGAUUGGUAGUAUGCGAACGACUGCAGAUGCAGCCAGCACCAAAGGCUUAUCGGUUUCUGAAGCACGGAUGAGCUUGAGAUUGUAAGUUUUUGGUCACCCAUCCAAUGACCGACCAUUGCGAAAGCUGCUGUAUUAUCAAGAUCGCAGACCAAAUACGCUAACCACUUGCGCCAUUGGCUUAAUGAAGAAUGAAUAAAGAACAAGAAAGCAGGUUUUCCUACUACCGAAGUGAUUGAAUUUAAAAGGAAAUUAAAUUAUUGUAUUUUGUUGCAGGCUACUCAAAAUGGAUUUGGAGUUUCGGAAUCUCAAGUAUACAGUAUCCAGUCCCCUAUCGAAAGGUAAUAAGCGGGAAGUGGUCAAAGGAGUAGACGGCAGAUUCUCUUCGGGGCAGCUGGUAGCCAUCAUGGGGCCAUCUGGCGCAGGCAAGAGUUCACUACUCAACGCAAUAUCUGGUUACCGGUCAGCAGGCGUAACAGGCGAACUCCUUGUAAACGGUCAGCCAAGAAACGAACACCAGUUUCAGAAGUCGUCAUGCUACAUAACACAGGAAGAUUUGCUACAACCACUGUUGACGGUCCGGGAAGCUAUGGACGUCGCUGCAAGUCUCAAACUUCCGAAAGGCUCGAAGAUACAUUCAGAGGAGAUCCUUCAGGAGUUAGGGCUUCUGGAACAUCAGCAUACGAAGACUGACAGAUUAUCAGGAGGACAAAAGAAAAGGUUAUCCAUAGCUCUAGAGCUAGUGAACAAUCCUCCAGUGUUCUUUUUGGAUGAGCCUACGAGCGGUCUGGACACCGUAACGACUGUGCAAUGCGUCAGACUACUGCGGCAGCUGGCACGCCAAGGCAGGACUGUUGUUUGCACCAUACACCAGCCUCCCGCUUCGCUGCUAGAACUUUUCGAUCAGGUUUACGUGAUCGCAGAUGGAAGGUGUAUCUACCAGGGGGAAACAGGUGCCAUGGUUUCUUAUUUGCAGAGCGUCGGGCUACCUUGUCCAAGACAGCACAAUCCAGCUGAUUUCAUAAUCGAAUUAACGGAAAAUCCAGACAACAUAAACAUACUAUGCGAAGAAAUUAUGAAUGGAAAACUUUAUAAAUCUGCAAAAAUCGAAACUGCCACUGAACCCUUGGACAAUAUUGAGUUGAAAAUCUGCUAUAAGACAGAAGACGAUGCGCCAGAGACGGAAAUAAUGUUGUCAAAUGGGAAAUGUACCUACAAAGUGCCACGAUACAAAGAAACAGAUUCUGUCAGUACCACUUCGAGUGAAGCAUCCAACGGCAAUUCUUCCAUGGCAUGGAUGAAAAUACAAAGUGACUCGUGCACCUAUUCCACAUCGUACUGUCAGCAAUUUUACAUCCUGUUACGCAGAAUGAUGAUACAAAUAUCCAGAAACAGGCAAGGUCUCUGGAUCCAGUUGAUUCACCACGUCAUGUGCGGUCUUUUGAUCGGCGCUUGUUUCUUCAAUAUGGCGAACGAUGGCACUCAGAUGUUCAACCACCUCAAGAUGUGCGUCGGGCUUGUCAUUUUCUUUGCCUACACCCAAAUUAUGGUUCCUGUGCUCGUUUAUCCCCAAGAAGUGAAGCUAGUGAAGAAAGAACACUUCAACCGCUGGUACAGCCUGACCCCGUACUACGCAGCGUUAACAGUGUCCAAGUUGCCAGUGCAAGUGACACUAAACAUAAUAUUCUGUACGAUAGUGUACUUCAUGACGGGUGUACCGUUCUCUGUGCCGCGGUUCAUUGCCUUCUGUUUGAUCGGGAAUGUUGUCUCGCUGGUCGCCGAGGGAAUGGGAAUGGCAAUCGGAUCGGUGUUCAAUGUUAGGAAUGGCUGCGCCGUUGGACCCACUUCGAUCGCACCUUUCCUCGGGCUGGCCAUCUACGGAUUCGAUUUCGCACACCGAAUCCCCCUCCUCAUGAAUAUCCUUAUGAAGACCUCAUUCAUCAGGUGCGGCGUCGUUGCAAUGGUUCUCACCGUAUUUGGAUUCAACCGAACUCCUUUGGAGUGCAAAGAAGUCUAUUGCCACUUCGCCAAACCGGACGUGUUAAUCAAGUACUUGGAUAUCGAUAGAACAUCAGUGUGGCUCGAGAUCGCCACUAUGCUAGGCAUUAUGUUCGUCUUCAGAUCUCUAUGCUAUAUCGGCCUUAGAUGGCGGUUCGCCACGUGAUUUUUCAAUUUGUUCUUAAUGUAAAGUUAAAUAAUGAUAAGGGUAUCACCGAAAGGUGCUCGCCAGUACAAAGAAAUUUAAUCUUGUAAUGGCAUGUGAUAAAAAAACAGAAGCUCGUUUAAUUGAAUUCAUAUAAGUAUAGUAUAAGUGCCUAUGAUUAUUUUUUUAAAUAUACUUAAACUUAAAUCUGGUUAUAAUUUUAACUUUGCAUCAUCAUUAGUAUCUACCGUUCAGCCAAAGAUGAUUUUCAUUGUAAAUGCUGACUGAUAUUUUGUACGAACUAGUUACGUGUUGCCUUAUCAUGAAUUUAUUAUAGUGAUCUGAUUUUUUAAUAGACUGAUAAAUAUUAUAACGUUACUCCCAAUGUUAAAAUGCUAAUUUUCCCGUAUUUAAGUGAGACAUAAGAUUGAAAGUUAUUUAUUGUUAUUUUAAAAUACGUAGAAUGAAAUUUUGCACCUUCUCCGAUAGACUCGAGUCCUAAAUAGGUGCCUUGCUUGGUGCUAUGAGCCAAAUUAAGCACUCAACGACAAAACCAGUGAGCAGACGUAUUGUAUUUUGUAGCAGUUGGCUGCACUGCAAGCAACUCGGCUAUGUAGAUGACAUGCAUCACAGACAUAGAUCGAAAUAGAUAACGCAACUGUAUAUAGGUACUUCGCGUUCCAAAUACAUGAUAAAAGAGGAGACCAAUAUAAAGUUGUCCUUUAACGCUAUUUUAUUUCUUCGUGGCGCAAUUCUCGGUAAUGCAAGUCAAUCGCAAUUAAAAAAAAAUAUAGUACUGCUAUUUAUGGGAUUGCUGCCAUGUACCUUGAUAUAGCGAGUUUCCGAUAUUCCGGCGCUGUUGCGAGCGCCAUGAUCACGGAGUAACUCCGUGACUAUCCCGUCAAUAACAUCAAUUAUACCGCCAACCUUAUAGACAGACCAGCCAGUUUGGCCGGACAUUAGGGUAGGAUUUUGCUCAGUAAUAUUAGGUACUACAAACAAUUUUAUGUAAACGCGAUCGACAGCCAACUCGCUUGCGCUUGGCCACGAUCGGCGUUCGCUCGUUUGCGAAAUAUAAAAAGCCUAACAAAAGUCACAGAAGCCGAAAACCGUUUAUUUUGGCCGGAGACGCAAUCAAAAAGCCUAACUAUGUCCAGCUUUAUCCGGACGCCUGGCAACGCUAACUAUAACGUUAGUGACCAUGCAAGUUUAAAAAAUUGUCUUAUUGAGCCAAAUUAAGCUGUUGAAACAGGUUCAAACUAUUCAUAUUCAUACAUGUUGAAGCAUGCGUCAUCUACACUCGGCGUCAAAAAAUUCGUACCUUCGCAAAAUAAUAUAACCCUUAACACACGCAUUUACCCACACCAAUAUUGGUGUCAUUUGAAAGUCCAAUAAAUAAAUUUCAAAAAAACAAUUAAAUUAACUUUUAUUUUUUAUUGGAACAGUGCAAAAACAAUAAAUAAAAUAAAUAAUAAAGUUUACAAAUAAUAAAAAUCCUUAAUUAAAAACAAAUUAACUACGGUUUAGUAAUUUAUUGGUUCUUAAAAUUAACCUAAAACCUAGUGUUACCCCUUGCCCGGAUGACGGCUUCCAUACGCUCCCUCAUGGAUCAUACCAAUUUUAGGAGCUCUUGCUCUUGAGAUAGAUCCCAACCUGUUGAAUGUAGUCGCGCACAAUUAAUUGUGAGCGCGGGCGCUAUCGUGCAAAAUGUGUACAUGCGCGUGUUAAGGGCUAAUGACGCUUGCAAGUUAUUUUCGCCGAGGUGCGUUUUUUUGACGCCGAGUAUACUCAAAUCUAGGUCUGUGACUUGUAUAGUUUCUAGUUUGUCUCCAAGCUCAACUUUAGCGUUAAGAUUUUAAUGUUGGCAUCAAGUACUUAUUUCGCCAAUUUGAAUAUCAUUUGUUAUUUUAAGUGAUUUAAUAAGUUCUAUAUGCCCGUGAAGUAGCUGUAAUGUAUGGUGGAAGUAACUCAAUAAUAAUGUUACCUCAUGGAGGUAAAAGGUAAAUGAUUUUAAUAUCUAGUUAUUUUCAAGAUAAACUGUGAAUGGAAUUUUUAAAAUAUUGUUUUAUAUUAUUUCAGUAAUUUUUAAUAGUCAAUGCAUUUUUACAAUAAAAAGUGAUUGUAAUAAUAUACGAAAAAAAAAUGAGUUUUAUUUCAGUAUUUCUUUGCUUAGUCAGGGUCAAUCUUAGAUUAAAUUGCCUAAGCAGAGCAGAAAAGUACUUCUUGUGAAGUCCGUAGUACGGAGACACUUUUGAAAUAAAAUAAAUUUCCGUCAUGUUUGGGACAGUACUCUUAGCACGAACCAAUAUCGAAUUCGAAUAGUUUGCGAGUCCGAAAUGUCA